AUGACGGACUCUUUGACCACUUUUCUCAUGCAGUCCGGUGGGUCGUCGGGCCAACGGGCUAUACAGUCUAGCAUUGUGGCGGUUGCCAGCGCCAUGCUCUCGCGCGUUCAGAACGUCACAUCACUGAGACAGACAGCGCGUCAAGAGUAUGGCUCUGCGCUCAAGAUGGUCAACGAGGCGCUGGCUAAUACUGACGAGGCCAAGACAAACCAAACUCUUGGCGCAGUCGUGCUUUUGUCUCUAUACGAAAUCGUCAUAUCGAGGGCUCCGCAGGGUAUUGAGAGCUGGACAAACCAUAUUUCUGGAGCUGCAGCUCUACUAGAAUACCGGGGACUUGGACAGCUGCUGACGGAGGCUGGAGUUCGGCUGUUCUUGCAUUUAAGAUAUCAGAUCAUCAUAAGUUGCCUGCAGCGCGACGUACGGGUACCCGGCUCUCUACUGGAGACUGCUAAGCUUGAUAUGAUCCCCCAAGUGAAGGACGCCCUUGGUAAUAAGCUGAUUACUAUCAUCGGCAAUCUGGCAAAUCUACGUGCAGAUAUCCACACAACAGCGAACAGCAAUCCCCAAGAAGUUCUUACUGCGGCUUGUGCCAUCGAAGCAGACCUCAUCGCCUGGUUGGUUACCCUACCACCAGACUUCACAUACAGCAGCCAUACAUUAAUGCCACUAGACCGCGCCUUUGAACGCCGGUGCCACGGAAUUCGACCCUUGAACAACGAAUACCACCUCUACCCUGACAUCUGGGCGCCAAGUUGCUGGAACCAUUACCGCUGCGCGCGCAUCUUAGUCAGCGAAAUUAUAUUAUCGCAUGCCCACAAGCUGUCUAACGGCUCGGCUACUUCCUUAUCUGAAGACUUUCGCUUGCACUGCAAGUCACUGCGCUCAACCAUCCGUCGCUUAGGUGCCGACAUCUGUCGCAGUGUACCCUUUCACCUUGGUGCUUGUAACUCCGAAGUUCUACCAGAAACACCUAUUCUUCCUCCGGAGAGCUACUUGGGUGGCCUCAUGCUACUCUGGCCAUUAUUCAUUGCUGGUAUAAUCGAAGGGCCGAAACAUCCGCAACGCCGAUGGGUAAUACAGUGUCUUAAAACGAUAGGACACUCGUGGGGGCUGGACCAGGCACUGGCAGAAAUGGACCUCCUCACUGUAGACCCGGGAAUGUUUUGUUCAGCGGAAAGGUAUGGUGAGGCAGCUGAUGUAAUGUCUGGAUUGUCGGGAGUGCUUCAAUUUUCUAUCUUCCAUGUGCCGUAUUAUGGUCUAUCUGCUUUGAAAGAGUAUCAAGCGAUUCGUGCGUCCUCGGCUUGA